AUGCCGUCUCCUGCCAAAACUUCUGCCGGCCACAAGUGCCUAACAAUUUUACUUCAUCUCUUCAACUUUAUUUUAUGGAUAAGUGGUGUAGCAAUUUUGGCUGCGUCAAUAUGGGGUUUGAUCGCUUUUGGUCCUUACAUGAAAUUAGAUAACCAACAUAGCUUUUCUGCGCUCUACAUUUUACUGGGAGUUGGUAUCCUUAUCGUUUUAAUUGGCUUCGUAGGAUGCUAUGGCGCCAUGAAGGGUAGUCGAUGCCUUCUUGGAAUUUAUUCAGUAAUCUUGAUUGUGAUUGUCCUGGCCGAAAUUACACUUGGUAUCAUUGCUUUCGUUUUCAAGGGUGACUUUGAAGCUGGCUUAGCUGUCACCAUGAAACCAUUCUUACAAAAGUAUGACACAGAUGUAGGCAUCAAGCAUAUCGUAGACGGAGUACAACAGAAUUUGGAAUGCUGUGGUGCACAGAACUAUACGCAAUGGUUCAAUACUUCUUGGGCAAGUAAGCAGAAAUAUCGGGAUUCUGUACCCAGUAGUUGCUGCCCGAAAACCUUUUUUACUUCUGGAACCAAACCAAAUAACUCCACUGGUCUUUGUAAUAAUCUUCACUUAACCUACAAUACUGGAAAUUAUCAAUAUCCAUCAGGAAUCAAAAUCAGUCAGAGCGCAUGUUCAGGCGCUGUCAUCAAAUUUCUUGAAUCGCACUUGGGAAUUGUUGCUGGAAUUGCUGUAGCAAUUGGAGUAUUUCAAGGUGACGAGCAAAAAGAUGCAAUAGUCGAUUUACUUGACUACGUCAAUUUAGUCUAA